AUGCCUGCCGGAACGCUCGAAGUGAUUAUUGUUGAAGGCCGUCGUCUUAAAGAUAAAGAUACAGUUGGACAAAGUGAUCCAUAUGUUGAGAUCUACAUAGAAAAAGGAUACAAACAACGGACAACAACGCUUUCAAAUACUAAUGAUCCUGUGUGGAACGAACGUUUCGUAUUCAAUGUUCAUCCCAAGGAUGAUACGAUUCAUUUUGCUAUCUAUGAUUCUGAUGUUGCUGAUAAAGAUGAAAUUGGAACUGGAAAAGUAAAACUCAAAAAUGUUUUUGACGAUGGAAAAUUUGACGAUUGGGUUAAACUACCUGCUCAUCUUGGUCUAUCCAAUCAUGGUGAACUUCAUGUUAUCAUGAAUUUUACCCCUUCAUAA